AAUUUGUCAUUAGUUGGUUGGAAUUGUCUUGGGAUGUAACUAAACAUUUUGCAUAUUUGAAUGAUGAAUAAAAUAGUUUUUGCGGGUAUUCUGCUAUAUUUUUUUUUUCAAUUUUCCAUUAAAGGAUUGUUACAUAUUUUUUGUUUUAUGGGUGUAGGGUGGUAUCUACUGGAGUCACCCGGUGUUUGCUACUACAAUGUUGGCUAUACUGCUGCAGCACAUCUAUUCGUCGCUAAUGAAUCAAAUUCUAUCUUUACCUAUCAAAACGGAUGAAAAAUGUCUAUCAUAUUAUGGUUUAUGCAACUAAUUUGAUAGCAAUUGGGGGUGCUGUACCCCCGCCACCGCAAGCUCAAGCUUAUACCCCUCAACCACCUCCGCAGGCUAACCCCGGUGUGCAAGCACCUCAACCUUAUGGAGUUCUACCAGGAAUACCCACUUCAUCGCCUUAUGUAAUACCUGGACAGACGCAGCUUUAUCCCCAGGGUCCACCCCCUACGUAUGAUCAGGCGUUGACUCAUCCCGCUUUGGUUGGACAACAUAUCUAUCCACCUGGUACUAUGUAUGCUGCAGGUUAUCCAACUUACCUAGGUUAUCCAGCCUACACCCCUAUGCAGUAUUAUCCAUCGUUAGGGGCUUAUUCCUACGCCAUGCAACCAACUGCUCAGUUAAGACCGACAAUCAUGAUACCGAAUGGCUAUGACGCAGGGGCAAGAUUUGACGGGAUAGCACAACAAGUGAUACCACCUGCACCACCCGGUGUACCUCCAUCCGCCGCACAGUUGGCAGCCAUGGCCGGCCACCAGGUGGCCUUGGGACAAAAAAAGAAUACCUUUUUAACAGGGGGUUCAGAUGGGGGUUACACAUUCUGGUAGGGUGUUCAAUUAGGUUAGCGAAUUUUCAUUUUAUAGACAGGUUAUUUUCUGAUCUAUUACAAUGAUAUGCUUUCGAAAAUUUGAAAGCGAGUAUUAUUUUUAUGACUUCAGUUGGUUUUUGACUUACCCUGAUGUUCUACAAAAUUUCCUACCUUUUCUGUCUGUGUUCAGAAAAAAAUAUUUAUUGGAGCAAAUAAGCAUGAUACGUUAAAAAGAAUUAUUUCCAUUUAUACUUUUAUAUUCCUCUUUAGUUUGUGCAAUUUAAACUUACGUUUUCCAAAGAUUAUCAAUCUCAAACAUUCCUUGUUUUAUUCAAUGUCAGGUUCCAGAAGUUUAGCUAAUUUACUUGUUGUUUAACAUAUUUUUUGGAGUUGAAUAUUUUUGGAAUGAUUUCAAAUGAACUAUUACAAACUGAUAUUGACGAAGUAGUGCAAUAAAUGUUUUAUAGUAGGUUAUGAAGUUGAAUCUUGUUGUUGAGGAAUUUUUGUUCUAAGUUGACUCAUUAGAGAAAUUGAAAUCAUUCGGCAAUAAGAAACUAUGAAAUAGAUUGGAUAAGAAUUUUGCUCAUUAAGACAGUUAUAGUACAAUUUUUGUUUUAUAUUAUUGAAAGAAAAGAUUUGAUUUGAAAAGAAUAUGCUUCUCUUAACAUUUUUUUGUUGAAUAAAUUGAGUCUUUUAUCUGAACAUUGUAUUUGAUAUUUUUUCUUUUUUCUGAAGAAAUUUUUGCAGCUUAUUUCUUCCUAGUCAAUAAUUCAUAUUUGAUACAAUCUUCAGGCAAUGACAAUGUAGAUUAUAUAUGAAACACCAACAAAAAUUUGUUACUUGCCAUUAUUUUGUUGUACUGAUGUUUAUGUUGUUAACUUUUACAAUGAAAAUUACUAUUGUAAGACUGCAAAAAUCUAUUGUCAAAUAUAUUAUGAACAGUA